AUGGAUCCGCAUACGUUGCGGGAUUGCUUGUCAGUGACGGGAGUCGAUUCGCCAGGGAAAUCCAUCGCAGCAGGACCAAAUGGGCAAUUGAUUUUCAAAAAAUCAGCUAGUCAGCUCUAUUACUGUGAUGUGCACGAGAUGUCCUCCUACACGUUGUGUCUGUCGCGAAUGGAUCCGCUCUAUCAAGACUGUCAGAUCUACGAUCUGGCAUUCUGUCGAAGGGGUUCGCUGUUGAUUUGCCUUCAACGAGUAGCGACUGGCGAGUUUUUCAUCUGUGAAGGCACGAUUGACAGCGAUACGUUUGUAGUCGAGAUUACUAGCGCAGUUCAUAGAACGAAUAUUUCCGUCGCAAAAGGCAAAAAUGUGGUUUUGAUUCGUGACGAAGCUGGAGUGGUCCUUCUAUCGUAUCCCAUUCGUUGGCAAUCAACAUCUACAACCGCCAAUGUCAUCGAGCUUUUCCAUGUGUCAAAUUUCCUGAGCUCAUCGGUUGGCGACAAAUACACCAUUUCACUGCAAAGUAGAGAGAUUUUCGAUGGUCCCUCUUGUGGAAAAUGUGAACUUCGACGAACUCAGGGAACACCACCACCGGACGAUUAUAUGAGUAAGACGGAAUCUCACCUGGUUACCGUUGAACCUCAUGCUUUCACAUCACUUCCCGAAUGGAAAGAUAUCACUACAAAAGUGUGGCGAGGAGGUGGUCUAUCUACAUGGUGA